AAAUUUUAGAAAAUAAAAACAUCAAAGAAAAUAAUAAUUUACAACAAUUAUUUACUGAUUUAAGUAUUUCUCAAAUUAUUGAUUUGUUAUUAUCUGCAUUUUCAGCAACAAACAAUAUUUUGAUUGAAUUUACUACAAAUAGAUUAGCACUUUAUAAAAGAAACUAUGAUUUAGGCAAUAUGGAAUAUAAUCUGAUUAGCUUAGCACAACAGAUAGUGAAUGAAGAAAAUAGUAAAAUUA